AUAUUUAUCAGAUAAUAAUAGGACAUGAAGUUUAACCUCCUUAUAGUACUGCUGAUAAGCUUGGCCAUCACCUCAUAUGCAAGGCCAGUUUUCUUGGAGCAAGAGACUCAUAAGAGAAAAGAGCUUUCAAGCACAGAUUUUAGAGAAAUCGUCGAAGGUUUCUUCCAGGGUGUCAAACUUGAUCAAUAUACUACAAUCUCAGACGAGUGUGUUGAUGGAUCAGUCGGCUUUACCUCUGAAAUGCAAGUAGCUUUGGACAAAUAUGGAUCAGGCCAAUUCUAUAAUGGAACUGAUGAGCUUACUCAAGCCCUUGGGCUUCUUUCUCCACUUUCAAGACACUGUGCUGAUUCUAUUGAGGACCUUAUUAAGAUUAACAUUGCAUACAAGAAAAAAUUCAAAAACUUUGAUGAUUUCCUUAACAAAAUCUCCUCAAAUGUUCUCUGGAACAUGAAGCACAUUAAGAAAGACUUUGGUUUAAUUCUCUCAAAUCUCAUGGUUGGUGCUAAUUACACUGAAAUUGCUUACUUAACUGGAGAUAUUGUUGAUAAAACAUUUGUUCUUGAGAAAUCUGAAAUGCCUUUUGAUGCUGAUUUACUCAUUACUCCUUAUGAAUCUCCUUUAAGAUAUAUCGAUACUGAUCCUUUGGCUAAGGAUCCUCUUUCAAAGCCACUCUGGACUUACCUUGAAGGAACUUUCAAGUUCCUUCAUGGAUCCAGGCUUGCCUCAAGAGAGAGCAUUCUUGACUGCCAAGAAGGAGCUGUAAACCUCAUUCAUUAUACCCAAAAGGCUAAUGAACUAAGCCAGAAGAGCAAUAAGCAGAAGGAAGCCACUUUUAUCUUCAUUGAUGGCCUAGCUUUCUCCAACCAGGCCUUUACAGGAUGUGUAGACACUCUUCAAGAGUCAGGAAAGACUUUAGGUCACUUCAGCUUUAAAAGAAUUCCAUCUAAUUUCAAGAAGAACUUUGGAAGGAUUCUCUCAGCUGGAGCAGCUCUUUAUGCAGAGAUUUUCUUCGAGGAUUGGCUAAGCCUCUCUAAAGUUGUCGGAGACUUGAUGUACAGAAUCGUGUUCUAUGGAGCAAACUAAUCUGU